CCAAGGGGGGGGGCCGUCGCGUUCAUGAAUUGUCGAUCGCUCUAUCCGACCACGCAACGUCGACUACGCAGUGGCAACAACGCAAUGUCCACUACAGAGUGUCGGCCACGCCGAGUCGACUGCGCAGUGUGAUCUACGCAUGGUCAACAACACGUGGUACAAAAACCACUGUCAAUCGCGCUAUGCCAACCACCAAAAUCGCAGUGGCAACUACACAGUGGCAACUACGCAGUGCCAACAACGCAGCGGCAGCAGCGUGGUGUCACGAUGUCAAAACGUGGUGUCAAAUGUAGUCCAUGCAACGUCAGCAAAGCGAAGCCAUGUCGAAAUGGGGGCUGCCUUUGCGCUUGCCCGUUGUUUUGGAGCCCAGGGCGCUGGGCCAAGCAGGAAGACGGCGCAUCUAAAAAGACAUCUUGAGCAGUUGAGGGCCCGCCGCAAAAAGGAGCAGCUCAGGGCCGCGUGCUCAAAAACAAGCAGAAGCUCGUCGAAAUUACAUUGCACUACAUUCAGCUCUCGCUCGUUUUGAAG